AUGCCGCGCAAAGAACAGGCCACCUCGGUUCUGGAUGCCAGUCUCACCACUGCCGUCGAGUCCAAUCCGGAUUCCAUCUCGCUCUCCGAGUCGACUCCUUCCAUAUUGCCGGCGUCCGGUCCCGAAACUGCUGCCACCUCGUCUUCGCAGUCACCUGUUCACUAUCCAGCCGAUGCAGAUGAGGCCAAGCUCGAUGCGGACCAUGCCUCGGAAGCCGACAUCCAGGCUCGCAUCGAGAAAAAGAGGUUAGAGCACGAAAAGCAGCGCGCCAUGCACCAAAAGGCCUUCGAGCAGCAGAUGGCCCUCUUGGAAAAGAAGCAGCGCGAAGAAGAGCAGAACCUCCUUUCCCAGCGAUCCUCGUCCAACGCUGGCGCUGCCGCUUCUGCUCCCACCACCCCGCCCAACGAGGCUCUCACCCCCGAUCCCAAGUCUGCUGUCGCACCCAAUCUCAACAACGCCAAACCCCUCUCGCACCUCUAUCAGUCCACGCCAUCCUCUCGUCGUCCAUCCGCCGAUGCACAGUGCUCGCCGGACCAACUCGCCUCGGCUGUCGGUGCCAUGUCCAUCACCGCCAAACCUGCUGUCGAUGCGGCUGCCAAGGACAAGGGCGAAAACUUUACCCCUGUCUUCAGCGAGCAGUUUCUUUUUGACGACGAGCUCGACAACGAAGACUCGGCUUUCGUCAAAAAGUACAACCUCAAGGCCAACGACGACCAGUUCCCCAUCCUGGUGCAGCGCAACGCCGAAGCCCGCAACGCUUCACGUGGUGCCGACUGGCCAAGCUUCGGCGGUAGCAACGCCAACACCAGCGGUGCUGCUGAUGCAUCGGCUGACGCAACUGGCGAUACCACUUCAUCCUCGUUGCGUGGCUCGAUCAAGAGCAAGUCGCCUCCCCCUGCUCCAGCGACGCCCAGCAUGGCCGCUUCUUUUGGCACCAGUGCCGGUCGCCAGCCGAGCGCCUUCCCUCUGCCUUCGCCCUCGCCGCAUCUCUCGCAGACGGGCCGAUCGUCGCCUGCCAUCAAUGCUACUACUUUCGCUGGCGUCGCCUCUCGACAGGCCAGCGGACCUGGCUCACCCUCGCCCGGCUUAAGUGGACUUGGCGGCGAUAUGGCUCGAUCCGGUGGUGGAUCGCGCUUUGUCAACACGGCCGUCACGAUCCCUUCUGCCGCUGCUAACCUCAAGAAUCAAACCAUGGCUGCCGCUGCUGCCGCUGGCGCCGGGGCUAGUGCUGGUGCUGGUGCUGGUGCUGGUGCAGCUGGAAGCGCUGCUUUUCCUGGCUUCAACCUCGGCGCCUUUUCGGGUGCUUCGACCGGUAGCGAGAGUCCCAACCGGUUUGGAACCUACUCUCCCAACAGCUUCGAUGCCGCUGCUGUCGCCGACGCGCGACGUGCAAGCCGACCCUCAUCCGGCUACUAUGAUGCGUUCAAUCCCACUGCCGGUGCCAACGCACCAGGCUCGCUCUUCCCGCCCGACAAGUACUCGAUGGGCAUGGUGGGAGCCGACGAACACGCCAAGCUCGGUGGUCUCGGACCGCACGGCUCUGGCGGUGGCCCUACUGCGGCGCUCGUCAAACAUGCCCGCGGUAAGGGCGAGCUGGAUGCGACCACGCAGCUCGACGAUCUGCAGGGGGAUAUCUUUGCACUGUGCAAGGACCAGCACGGAUGCCGCUUCCUGCAGAAGAAGCUUGAGGAGGGCAACCCAGCCCACCGCGACAUGAUUUUCUCCGAGACCUUUACCCACUUUGCCGAGCUCAUGACCGAUCCGUUUGGCAACUACUUGUGCCAAAAGAUGCUCGAGUAUUGCACCGACGAGCAGAGGAACCUGAUUGUUGAGCUCGUCGCGCCUGAGCUCGUCACCAUCUCGCUCAACAUGCACGGCACGCGUGCUGUGCAAAAGAUGAUCGACUUUCUUUCGACCCCGCGUCAGAUCCACUCGAUCAUUGUUGCGCUUUCAAUGAACGUGGUGACGCUGAUCAAGGAUCUCAACGGUAACCACGUGGUGCAAAAGUGCCUCAACAGGCUCGGUGCUGAGGACAACCAGUUCAUCUACAACGCCGUUGCUGCGCACUGUGUCGAGGUGGCCACCCAUCGACACGGUUGCUGUGUGUUGCAGCGAUGCAUCGACCACGCCUCGGAGGCGCAACGCGUUCAGCUGGUGGCCGAGAUCACGUACAAUGCGCUAACAUUGGUGCAGGAUCCGUUUGGCAACUAUGUGGUGCAGUACGUGCUCGAUCUGAGCAUCCCACGCUUCACGGAUGCAGUGGUGCGCCAAUUCGUUGGUAACGUCUGCCUGCUUUCGGUGCAAAAGUUCAGCAGCAACGUGAUCGAAAAGUGCAUCCGCGUCUCGGAGCCGGGUGUGAGAAAGCAGCUGAUCGAGGAGCUGCUCAAUCGGACGCGCUUGGAGAAGCUUUUGCGUGAUUCGUUUGCCAACUACGUGGUGCAGACCAGUCUGGACUACGCCGACCCGGUACAGCGGAUGCGUCUGGUGGAGUGCAUCCGACCGAUCCUGCCCGUAAUCCGGAACACGCCGUAUGGCAAGCGUAUCCAGAGCAAGCUACAGCGCGACAAUCUGGACUUGGGCCCACCCAACGGUGUACCCUACUCGGUGCUGCACGCUGCGCACCAGCAACAGCUGCAUGCCAUGGCAGUCAUGGCUGGCGGUGGUGGAGCGCGAGGCAAUGCGGGGUACAUGGGCAUGAACGCCUACGGCCCUCCUCCGCCGGGCGGACCAAUGACCGGACCUCCACCUGCGCACCACGCCAUGCACCAGGCUAUACACCAUCUCGGUGCGCACCAGCCGCAACCACACGCGAUGUACGGUGGAGCCGGAGCUAGGCACGCUGCUCCUGCGCCCAACCUGCCUCCUCCCAACUUUGGCCAGGCGGGCGGGUACGCAGGCGGGUUCACUGGCUCGCUGGCACCUCCGAUGGGUAUGCAGCAAGGUGGAGGAGGCGGAGGGCGAGGUGGCGGAGGCGGUGGCGGUGACGGUGGCGGUGGCGGUGGAUAUGCCAAUAAAGCGGGCGUCGCUGGUGCUGGUGCAGGUGCAGGUGCCAAUGGUGGAUUUGCAAGAUACUGA